AUGUCUUUGCCCGGUCCGCGUCCUGUAUUGGUCACCCAGAUCCAGGACACUCGCUCAGGGUCAACCGAAUCCAGGACACGCGCUCAGGGUCACCCAAAUCCAGGUCACCCGGAUCCAGGUCACCCGGAUCCAGGUCACCGAGAGCCAGGUCACCCGGAUCCAGGUCACCCGGAUCCACGUUAUCCGGAUCGAGGUCAUCCGAUCAGGGUCACCCGGAUUCACGUCGUCCGGAUCCACGUCAUCCGGAUCGAGGUCAUCCGAUCAGGGUCACCCGGUCAGGGUCACCCGGAUCCAGGUCACCCGGAUCCAGGUCACCCGGAUCUGGGUUACCCGGAUCCAGAUCACCCGGAUCCUGGUCAACCGGAUCCAGGUCAACCGGAUCCAGGUCAACCGGAUCCAGGUCAACCGGAUCCAGGUCCACCGGAUCAAGGUCACUCGAGUCCAGGUCACCCAGACCGAGGUCACCCAGGACCCAGGACCUAG